AUGGCACUCCCCCCGAGCAUGCCCGUUUUCCUGCCCGCUCCCGGCUCGGCAGAUGGGCAGGACUCCAACCCACACCGCUGCCUGCUCGUCUGGGUGAAGUACAACUCGACGCGCGUGCGCAAGGAUGCCGCGGUCUUCCCCGGCGCCAGCGCGGCCCCGAUUGAGCGCAGCAUCGACGAGGGGCAGUGGCUGCCCCAUGGGCACGACGAUGGAGUGACGACUGCCUGCCGUCGUUCGUGCUGCAUAGCGUGGAUCACGCGCAGUUUGGACUUCACUGACGCGCGCUGCCGUCCGCGGUACGACCUCAUGAUUCGGGUGUCGUUUCCGGGCCUGAGGAACCACCUCGAGCUCGAGGCGAUGUUAUUGUAG